AUGCGUUCUCCUAACUCUGUCUUAUCUGUUCGUAAUAUAGGCGUCCAACUAUUUCCCCAAAAACUCGACUAUUUCCUCGAUGCAUAUAGACAGGCAACAAAUAAACCUUUUGGUUAUCUUGUUAUUGAUAUGCAUGCUUCAUCUGACCCUGGACUGAGACUACGCACAAGUAUAUUUAAAGAAGACGAAGAAAAAAUUAUUUUUAUCCCAAAAAAUAGAGCAUAA